GCGCGGAGCGAACUAAAUGAAAGUUACGCGCUCCUUGCAACUUGGGUUCAGACACCUUCGUCUCGUGUGCAGUAUUUAUUAAAAACUUCUCAAGGACUCCUUUACGGGACUAUUCAUGCUGGUUUGAAGGCUCGGCUUCUCCUUCGACAUUGGAAUAAUGUAGUCUCCGCAGCCAAACGGCCGCAAUAUGAUGGGUCAGUGUAACAGCGUUUAAAUUAAUAAGAAAACCAGCACUGUUGUAAGAAACAAUGGGCAAGUUCAAUUCGAAACACGCCUGCAAACGCAGGGAAAACCCCGAAGGGGACAGUUUCGUUGCGGGCGCGUCCGUGUCCCGGAGAGGCGAGGAGGACAGCGAGGGGCGCAGAGUCAGGGACAAGCAGGAUCUAAGCAGACAGCUGAGGGAUGGGGGGCAGUUCGCAGGCCAUGACUGCCCCCUAGAGGUGGCGAUGCGGCCGGAGAAAGGGGAGAGGAGCGACAGCUACCCGCAAUACCUCCAUUCCGAUGACGGAGGACGCCACCCACCGCGGGACCUGAGCAAAUGCUCUGGGAAGAGGAGCACCAACUUGGAUGAAAUGGAGAACGACGCCCUGUUGGAAGAUGACAGUAGGCAGGAGUGGGUUUUCACCCUCUACGACUUUGACAACAGCGGCAGAGUUACCAAGGAGGACAUGUCCAGCCUGAUGCACACCAUCUACGACGUGGUGGACGCCUCCCUCAGCCACCCACCCAGCAGCCACUGCAAGACGCUGCGUGUGAAGCUGACCGUCACGCCCUCGCCGGGCGUCCGCCGCAGGGACCCCUGCAGCACGGGCGCAGAUGGAGAUGCAGGGCGCUGUCGAGCUGAGGACCACCUGGACAGCGGGCGCUGCUCCGACCGCAGGCACUCGGCCUUUUUGAGGGGUCACAGUGUGGACUCGCCUGUAAGCCCGGAAGGGAAGCACUACUGCGUGGAUGAGAACACCGAGAGGAGAAACCACUACCUAGACCUGGCUGGGAUAGAGAACUACACCUCCAGGUUUGAUGGAGAGACCCCUCACCUACAGUCCCAGCAGGAGCAGCACGGGCAGCCCCCGCAUCCUGCCCCCCAGCGCCGCUCACAUCUCCUAGGCGACAGCUGCCCCAGCGCGGAGCCCCAGAGGGGGCUGGCCCAGUUCCUGCGGUCACCCAGGGGGAGCUCCAAAUCGACAGGGGGCGGGGGGCGGCCAGCUAGGUGCCAUAGUCACCAUGGGCCACAUGGGGGCGGCCCAGCCCCCAGACACCAGUCUCCCCAGCAGCCGCAGCCUCACCCCCUGCAGCACAGCCACAGCCGGAGGCUCCGCACCAGGGCCAAAGAGGCCCCCUCCCCCGGGAGGCAGCCCCCACCCAUCUUUCCCAGCAGCCCCAGCAUCCCGGUGACCCAGCGUCAUGAGCACCACCACCACCACGAACACCACCACCACCACCAUUACCACCACUACCCUCAUACCUGAGCCACCCUGGGCACUUUCAGCCGGUCGCCUCGCCCUUCUGCUCAUGACCGUCCUCCAUGCUGCUCAGGAUCAGCAAUUACGUACCGGGAAGGUGAUUUUUUGCCUGAUAUGAAUGUCGGUCAAAAUGUAAAUGAGAAGGAGAUGGUGUUGUUCUCCAAAGGACUAUCCCGUUUUCAGAAAUAGGCUCCGCUGUUCAGUAAUACCAGAGGAACUCUCUCUCUCUCUCUCAGACUCCUUCAGUACACAGUCGUGUUCUGAGCAGCAAAUGUAAUGUUAUGUCUCUUGGUUUGUCUUUUAAUGUAAUCCAGAGGAAAUGUAACUCAGAGUGGGUUCCAGUUCUGUGGACGCUGGUGUGUUUGUCCGUGCGCUGGCAUGAGUGGAGCUAUGUCUGAUGAAGCGUGUCAUGUUAAUUUGCAUGAUGUGACUGUUAAAAUGAGUGGCGCUUUUCGUGUGGUCGUGACUGUGGGUGGUGAUUUGUGUGGGUGGAGCUAUGUGUGACAUCAUGGUCACAUCAGUGCUGAUUUGUGUUGUGUGGUGAAGCUUGGUAUGACGUAAUGUUGCUGUUGAUCUGGCCAAAGAAACCAUGGGACUGUAAGAUCCAAGUCCCAAUAGCUGCUAAAAGAGUUUUAUCUUCGCUUUUUCCGUGGGAACGUGAGAAAAAGUUUGAGUGAAAAGUUACAGCAUUUCUUUUGUUAAACAGUUUGUGACUGCAUGAAUGUUAAAAGCGGGCGCUGUCUGACGUAUCAGAUCGCAUUCUGCACACUUUGCUUGUAGGAAACUUUGUCUGCUGGUUCUCUAAGCGUCUGCUGCUACAGUUACGCGGCGCGUGCGUUUGAAGUUUCUACGCUAAACGUUUUGCACUGCAGGUGAUACAAGUCAAACACGCCCAGAUUAGCAAUGCGAUAUCUUAUUUUAAGGUUAAUCUUUAUGGUAGCCUAUAUUAUAAUAUUAUUCAGCUACAAAUUAACUUAUUUGACAGACACGUCAAAUUCAUUAGGGAAGAUAAUAAGAGGCAUUCAUCAGUCGUACAAAUAUACAAGUCAACAGAAAGUAAUUUAACAAAAGGCAAGUCAGUUAUAUUUUAUACAAAUUUGUAAACUACUGCCUCUAUUGUUUUAAUGAUCCUUUAACUGUUCUUCCCGGUCGCGGAUGUGUCCCGUGAUUUUUUUGGAGAUUUUACUAUGACACCGUGGUUUUUUAAAUACAGGGCUCUCGGAUAACCUCAUCAACCUCGACACAUACCGGAAACCUGACAGCACGUUAUCUGGGCCUGAAAGCCUUGCGAGCAGCGAAGUGCUUGACGCUGCGCCUCUUACUGGGGGUUCUUGGAAAGCAAGGCGGCCAAAGCUCCGGCUUGGUGCUCCGUGGUGCCGAUCGGCAGGCUGCUCUCUCCCACAUCGGACACUGUAUCACUCAGGUGUAUGUCGAUGUACUACCUGCGUUCCGUAUUGUUUUCUCUGUGCUCUAGAUGUCAUAUACUUUGCAUGGCAUGUCUUUUGUGCUAAAUGAUCAAUAUUGAUUUAAAUAACGAUUUGAGUUUAAAAUUGGAAUUGAUUCGGAAUGUCUUAGGUUAACGUAUAUUAGAUGGGUGUACAUUUGUUAUACACACCUUUAUAUUUCACUGGUGUCUCUGAGUCCGUAUCUGUUAAUUGUCUCAGCUCCGACUAACUAAUUAAGUAAAACCCUUCCCGACUCCCGUACGUCGGUCUGGCGAAUCGAUCGUCACUGACCAGUACUGCUGAUGAGAGGAUGGAGCUGCGUGUGAGGAUGCUGUCCAGCCCCGGGGGCCACUCCUGCGCCCGAUGGACUGUACAAUGUCCCCUCAGGAUUUUCUUCUUUCUACAUUUCUUUUCACCACUGCUAUGUUUAAAAACAUAGGAUCUUUGUGUAUAAAAUCUGUAUAAAUAUACAUAUAUUGCAGUAUGCAAUGUAUAAUGUGUAUCUUUUAAUGUUUUUACAUAUGCAUGGGUUAUGUUUCAUUUUAUAUAUUGUAAUAAAUUCGUAUUUUCUAUUGAAAGUAC